AAAGUGCGUACUUUAGUGAGAAACUGCGUGCACCAGCUAAACCGUGUGUUCCCAUCCUGCUGUUUCAAAUAGCAAACCACGAUGGCGAACGUUCGCAACAUCCGCUUCUACUACGAUCUGAUAUCGCAACCUUGCCGAGCUUUGUACAUUUUCCUUGAACAGAACAAAAUUCCCUACGAAAAGUGUCCCAUCGCGCUGCGGAAAUGGGAACACGCCACGCCUGAAUAUCUGCAAAACGUGAACCGCUUCGGAAAGGUCCCCGCCAUUGUGGAUGGCAAGAAUUUCAAACUGGCCGAAAGCAUUGCCAUACUGCGGUACUUGGCGCGGGAAUUCGACGUCCCGGAUCAUUGGUACCCACGGCACAGCCGACAGAGGGCUAGGGUCGACGAAUACCUGGAGUGGCAGCACUCCAAUACUCGGUUGCACUGCGCAGGAUACGUACGAUACGUAUGGCGAGGACCGUUGCGAGGCGAAGCCGUUGAAUCCAAGGUUGUGGGGCGACUGCGAAUGGAGAUGAUCGGUUGCUUGGAUUUCAUCGAAUCGAAUGUGCUGCAGUCGGACGUAAAAUACAUAGCAGGCGAUGAGAUUUCCAUCGCCGAUCUGGUGGCGGCCUGCGAGAUUGAACAACCAAAACUUGCCGGAUACGAUGCACGUGUGGGUCGACCAAAGCUGACGGCGUGGAUGCAGCGGGUGAAGGAGCACACCCAACCGGACUAUGACGAGGCGCACGAGGUUUUGCAUAGAUUUGCGCCUACUACGACGUGAUGGAGAGAGAGAUAUAGCGACCUCUAGACGAUUUGUUAAGCUUAGCUAAAUGAUGUGUAAUUUAUGUUUGCGCUAGGAUAGUAUUAUCGAAUUAAAUGGCUUUAAUGUUGCACGUUGC